AUGGAAGAGGAUGAACACGACGAGCUCCUGUCGAAGGAAGCUGGAGACGACGCAUCCGAGGAAGCAGGCCAAUUCCGCCAGCAUAUCGGUUCAAGCGUUAGACGACGUGUAACCGCAUGCUUUCCCUGGGCUUUGAGCUUUGUCUUGGCCGUAGCUCUGGUCAUUGUGACGACAUGGAAGCUGCACCCAACCACGGAAUCGUAUGCUGCUGGCUGGUAUACAGAAAUGCCGGCUGCACGUUCUUUGAUACAAGUUAUGCGCGAUGGGCAGCCCACCGAGAUCCAGCAUGAUGGGGAGCGGUUCGUCCCUCCUGUUCGUCAAUACGUUGGGACACCGACGCCAGAGAUGGAUAGUGCUUGGGAUAAGCUCGAAGCGCGUCGGUCUCUCCUUUCUGUUAAGCGUCUCCUGCCGAUGAGAGGUGCUAACUCGUCGCCAGCAAUCAUACUUGAGCUUGAAAAGGACGAGAUAGGCACGUUUGCGCCAUUGUUGAUGCAAUCGCCUACGAACAGCACCAAGUACUUGUCUGGAAUCCAGGUCAUCCACCAACUCCAUUGCCUCAACGCCGUUCGAAAGGGCGUUUAUCAAGACGUUUACGGGAAACCAGACAAACACCAACUCCUACACAUGGGUUAG